AAUGUUGUCUCCAAAUGUUGCAAGCCGAUCACCACCAAAACGACAUCAAUUGCACAUUGCAACCAUCCUGCCAAUCAGUCAAAGUCGCAUUCCGCAAGAAUUCAUCGCCGAUUUGCUCAGGUUAGGUCCCCCCGAAAACCAUCCCUUGAAAAAAACCACCCGCACCAUCCCAACGGAGGCACCAUCCCCAAAGGGGGAGGAGGCGAAGCUAUAAAUCGGUCGCCAAAUGAAAAAUUCAAAUCAGACCGCAUCCAACACUUUCCGCGUGCCGAUCAAUUAUUUAACUUUUAACCCGCGUGUGCCAAGCUCAUCCUCCCUCGCCCGUCGUCGUCACCGUCGUCGUCGUGUGCCGGUUUCUAGCUGUGGAUCUGUAGGCCACACUAUUCGCCAGCCCCCCUUGAGGAGGUGAACUUCAGUCAGUGCAACCAACGACGACGUUCCAAGUAAUUACCGCGCGGUUCUUUUGUCUUGGCGCUUGGCGCGAUCGAACACCUUCGCACCCACCCGCAGACUGGGUGCAUUGGUCGAGGGACCCACCAAUAGUGCAGUGAGCGUCGCGCACAGAGUGACCAGAAGAAAGUGUCCCCCAAAGUGUGAAGUGAAAACAGAAAAACCCCGUGGUGCGGUGACGAAAGAGAUUAGAUUGCAGCACUCACCCACCGCACUCGCUCACCGUUGUUGGGAGUGAUUAGGAGGUAUCGGGUGUCGGACCAUCUCACCACACAGCAAAUGAAAAUGAAAUUAGCGGUGCUGCUCCUCCCGCUGCUGACGAUUGGGACCUCCUUAGCGAUAACGACAUCACCCAUCGAGACGCCCGCAUCCAAACCGGAUCCCAGUCGGAAGGAGAAGCGUGGCAUCUUCGGUCUGGGAGCCUACGCACCGGCGGCCCCCGUUUAUGGUCACGCUUUCGCCCAUGCCCACGCUCACGCUCACGCCCAUGCCUUCCCAGCUCCGGCGGUGGCGGCGCCACUGCCUCUGCCUCAUUUCCACGAUGGUGUCGUAGUAGGCGCUACCGUGCCACCGUCGGGCCCCCUUGGACCGUUCCUGGGAGCUCACGCGCACACCCACAGCCACACGGUGGUCACCAAGAAGAUUGGCAUCCCCAUCCCGCAGCCGUAUGCCGUCCCGGUGGAAAAGCCAUACCCCGUGCCGGUCAAGGUGCACGUCCCCAUCCCGGUGGACCGCCCCUACCCGGUGGCAGUUCCGAAACCGUUUGCCGUUCCCGUUGACCGACCCUACCCGGUCCCCGUGGAUCGUCCCUACCCGGUUCCGGUGGCCCAACCCGUCCCCGUUCCGGUGGUGAAACACGUAGGAAUACCCGUUCCGGCACCUGUGCCGGUGGCCGUCCCCAAAGCCGUGCCCGUCCCGGUCCACACGCCCGUCGUGGCCGCACCGUACGGACCGGACCCAUGGGUCGGAGCGAAGCUUUGGUAAAACCGGAGAAGGAAGUCAUUUUCAGCCGAGCAACAGCAUAAAACAUUAAAGAGAUUAUUAUAAUCACCACGUCUAGUGGAGUUAAAUUUAAAUUAAAUACGAACAUUUCAAGUGCAACGGGGCGUAGGAAUAAUUUAUAAUUGCUAUUUGUAUGCAGGUGAAUCACGAGUGCCGUAUCCGCCUUUUUAGUAGAAGAGGCGAUGUUAUGCGAUAUGUAGCAUUAGGAGGUGGCUAGAGAAAAACGUUCAAUUUUAUGCCUAGAUAGAACUGUCUAUACCUAAGAGGAACUAUUUAUUAUUGUUGAUUAGGGUAGUUCAAUAAAAAUGACACGUCA